CAACACAAAGCUUUUAGCAUAUAGUUUUUCCCAAGACAAAGAUUUUCAUAUCUACCUUCGUAUUUUUAGGAGAUCCAGUUUGGGUGUAGGAAUCAUUUCCUCUCCUCUAUGGAUGAUCGCUAUCACUCAAAAUUCAUUUAGAAACAAAAAAUAUUUGAGCCCAAUUUAAUGGGAGUCAUAAUGAAGCUCAGAUCGGGUGCGAGCGAGUUAAGCAAAAACGAAAUUUGAGGUAUCGGGUAUCCGCUAUCGAAAUGGAAGGCAGCGACGAAGACGAACCGGCCGGUGCAUCGUCGCAGUCUGAUCAGCAUAUGACGACGACAUCUCGGCACCAUUUCGGGAACGCAAGGGAUUCCAGCGAUGCAUUCUCCAUCACCAUCAUCGAGAGUAUGAAAGAAGACUAUGGGCUCUUCGUAUGGCCUUGCAGUGUUGUUCUGGCAGAGUAUGUUUGGCAACAGAGAUCGCGCUUUUUAGGAGCCAGUGUGGUUGAGCUUGGUGCCGGGACUUCUUUGCCGGGGUUGGUUGCGGCAAAACUGGGUUCAGAUGUCACACUUACCGAUAAUGCUGUCAGAUUAGAGGUGUUGGAUAACAUGAGAAGGGUUUGUGAUCUAAAUGAACUGAAGUGUGAGGUACUAGGACUUACAUGGGGAAUGUGGGAUGCAGCUGUAUUCAAUUUAAAGCCAAAAAUUAUUCUCGGAGCUGAUGUAUUCUAUGACACAAAUGCCUUUGAUGAUCUUUUUGCGACUGUGACAUUCCUUCUUCAAAAUACUCUGGGAUCAGUCUUUAUAACAACCUAUCACAAUCGAAGUGGGCAUCAUCUUAUUGAGUUCUUGAUGGUGAAAUGGGGAUUGAAGUGUGUGAAGCUUCUUGAUGGCUUUUCUUUCAUGCCAUCUGACAAGGCAUCUGGGCUGAGUGGUAGUAUUCAAUUGGCUGAGAUUGUACUAAAUUGUGAACCAGUGAAGUAAAUACUGGUGAUAUCAGUUGUAGCUAGAGCCAAAAUAUCAGCACAGGAGACCACUCCAGGGCACAAUGCUUCUACUGCUUUCUUUGCGUUGUCAAUGACAAAAAAUGCAUGCAAAGAACCAUUUGCUGGCCCGUCUUUUUCUGCAGUGUUUUUGUUUACCGAAUUCAACAAGACAGAAGCAUCACAGCCCUGCGAAAUUAAGGGAAAUAAGCAGGUCAAAACAGUUUGAAGGAAAUGACCACAAAAUCACUCUGAUGUAGAAACUGCUAUUUUGUGCAUACCCUUAUGAAGCAGUCAUGGAAAUGCAUUCGGAGCAGCGCAGGAGCGACUUUUUUGUCCGCCAUCACUGCCUGCCUGACAGCAUUUGUGACGGUUGACUCAACAUCUGGGCAUGUCUUGUCGUAGUAGUUCGAACUCAGUGCAUUUCCUAGUGGAGAUGCCAAAAAAAUGAGAAGUGAGCUCAACAAUGCAGCAAUGGCAGCCAUGGUAAGCCCUUUCUUAGCUCUCUUUGUAUUGAAUCUAAACAAAGAUAUGAAGGGUAUUUAUACAGGAGGAAAGGCAUCCUGCAGGGGUCAUGAUGAUGGUUAUAAUAGUGAAUUUGGUAAGGAGGAAUUUCGAUAAUGUAGUGUUGUUUAAGCAUCCUUGCUUCAAGUCAAUCCAUGUCACAUCUCCCUUUUUGUCCUUCAAGCCUUGGCCAUGAUUUUCAUGAUGGAUUCGAGUGCUAAAUGCAUUGCACUACCCUCAGUAACUAUUAGAAUAUGAAAGGCAUUUUCACCUUGCAUGAUUCUGUCUGGGAAUUUUCUUCUCUUGAAUUAAAGUUGUUCAUAAUCAAGUGACCCUUUGUACCAAUUGACCCCCAGGUGAUGAUGGCAAACUCAAUGAAUAAGUUAUUUCCAUGUUUAGGCA